AUGGGGGGUAAGAACAGGGUAGGUAUUUUAGUUGAUAGGGAUCUCAGGAAGCUCGUGGUCGAGGUUAGGAGGGUAAACGAUAGGUUGAUGAGUAUUAAGCUUGUAGUUGGUGGGUGUACUGUAAACGUGAUUAGUGCAUACACUCCCCAGGUAGGUUUGGACCAAGAGGUCAAGAAGCAAUUUUGGGAGGCUUUCGACGAGGUGGUGUGUAGUAUCCCGCACACUGAGAAGUUGUUCGUUGGCGGAGAUUUUAAUGGCCAUAUUAGGGUUAGUGCUAGGGGUUAUGAUGAUGUGCACGGUGGGUUCGAUUUUGGGGAUAGGAAUGAGGGAGUUGCUAGAGAGGUCUUAGGGGUCAGGAAGGGCUUUUGUGGGGGCCAUAAAGGGGACUGGUGGUGGAAUGGAGAGGUCCAAGGUAAAGUGGAAACCAAGAAAGCUAGUUAUUUGAAAAAGACAAAGAAAGAGGCAAAGUUAGAAGUUACGACGGUUAAAAACGCGACAUUUGCUCAUUUGUACGAGGAGCUCGGGGAUAAGAAGUUGUACCAGUUGGCCAAGGUGAGGGAGAGGAAGGCCCGUGACUUAGACCAAGUCAAGUGCAUUAAUGAAGAGGAUGGAAAAGUAUUGAUGGACGAGGCACUUAUUAGAAGAAGAUGGCAGACAUACAUCCAUAAACUAUUGAACGAGGAGGGGGAUAGAAGCAUUAUGCUGGGUAAGUUGGGGCACUCUGAGAGUUUGCAGGAUUUUGGGUACCGUAGGCGGAUUAAGAUAGAGGAGGUGGAAGGGGCGAUGCAAAAGAUGUGCAGGGGCAGAGCGGCAGCGCCAGACAAAAUCCCGGUAUUUUGGAAGAUCGCGGGCCGAGCAGGCUUAGAGUGGCUCACUGGGUUGUUUAAUAUUAUUUUGAGGAUGAAGAAGAUUCCCGAAGAAUGGAGGUGGAGUUUGGGAGAGGGUGGUGGAGGCCAUGGUAAGGAGGUGCGUGUCUAUUUCCGAGAAUCAGUUGGAUUCAUGCAGGGGCGUUCGACUACGGAAGCGAUUCAUCUUGUAAGAAGAUUAGUGGAGCAGUACAGGGAGAGGAAGAAGGACUUGCAUAUGGUGUUUAUUAACCUUGAGAAAGCGUACGAUAAAGUCCCGAGGGAUGUCCUGUGGAGGUGUUUGGAGGCUAGCGGCGUUCCGGUAGCGUACAUUAGGGUGAUUAUAGAUAUGUAUGAUGGUGCUAAGACUCAGGUGAGGACUGUGGAUGGUGACUCGGAGCAUUUCCUUGUUGUGAUGGGGCUGCACUAG